GAUUGGCCAGGAGAUCCCACUGAUUGACAGGCGUUUCCAUCAGAGCCUGAUUUAUGUUCGCAUGAGUUGUCUGGUGCUUUGUUCCUAAGUCACUGCCACCCACCUGACACAACCGAUGGCCCAUUCAAGUGGCCUCAAGUGGCCUGGGAUGUGAUCAUGCUCCCCUUCUGUCCUAGAGACAGGCCUGACCAAGGUCCCAGAUCCCAGGAUUUUACCUGUAUCCUGAUGAUUGUGCAGCUAUUGGUCCAACUCUCCAAGGAGUAGGUGGCAAUGGCUGCUGGGAAGGAACAGGUCCCCCAGGUAAAGGAAAUCCCAAACUAUCCGGUGUCACCAUCUCCUUCGACUUGAGGGGCACAAAGGGCCAGCAUGAUUGUCACUUCCCAGUCAGGGAACCGAAAUAUUGCGGGAAACAAAGUAUCAACAAGCAGCCAGCAGCACUGGGAGAGGAGGAGAACUCCAAACUUUAUUUACACCAACAGGCCUCCCCAAAACCCCCAAAACUACAAAUCCUGAGCCCUGACCCACAGUUUCUCAUAAUCUUAUAAGUUGUUUGAUGUCAUCUUAGACCCAUCCUAUCACUGGGGCUUUUUUCUCUUAAAAAAAAAAAAAAAUCCUAAUCUGUGUGGCUGAAGGCCUUGUGCAGGGUCUCUAAAUGAAGCAUGCUGACAGAAACAGGUAAGAAGAAAGGGCUCUUUUCACAGGCAUCUAUUAUAUUUCAAGGGGAAGUAGUCAGAAUCCCAGGGCAGAUAUUUACAACCCAAAAGGUAGGGACCCAAAGUUAAUUAGACUUCCUAGAGGGGAGUGGAACUAAUUCCUUUCCCAGGCCUUGGUUUCUUACCAUAAGGUUUUUGUAAUUUCAUUUCACAAGCGGGUCUGGUUUUGCCAUCACACCUGGGCUUGGCCCUGACUGUCUUCCCCCAUAUUUUACAUCUUCUUCCCUCUGUGUGUGUUCGUCACCAUGUUCAAAUCUCACCUUUUUAUAAAGACAUCAGUUAUGUUGGAUUAAGACCCACUGUAAUGACUUCAUUUUUAACUUUAUUCAGCAAAGGACCUAUUUACAAAUAAGUUUAUACCCAGAAAGAUGAGGAAUUAGGACUCCAGUUUAUCUUUUCUGGGGGGAUGAAACUAACCUAUAUGACUCACAAAAACUUGCAUUCCAGGAAUUAUGUUAUCUUCUGGGGCACCAGAGCAUUAUAGUUCUGUGUGAGUGAUCAGGUAUGAUUUAGACACCUCAUAAAAAGAGAAGGAAUAGUUAUUUUAUCCACAUUUCUGUUCUUGCUAUUUUUCAUUCCUUCUUGCUGAUGUGCCAAGAUGCUUUCUCUUACCAUUCUUUCUCUUUCCACUGCUAGCUCAGUGGUGCAUCACAAGGAAGCAUCUUUACCCACCAACUUGCUUAAACUCUCCUACUCUCUGUAUUUCAGUCGGUUUGGGAUGCAUCCUGGGAACGUGAAUGUAUGACAGACUCCCAGAUGCUGAUGCUUCUUGGUCUAUGUUAGGGUAGCUGGUGCAAAUAUCCAAGAGAGACACAUCUUUGAGUUCAAGCAAAGGUUUAUUAGCAGAGAGUAUCCACUAGGCUGUCCUUCUGCCAGGCACAGUCACUUCAAUAGAGAUUUUUACAUCUUUUUAAAACAAGGAACAGGAGCAAUCUGGAAAUGACCUUGGGUGCAGGUGGCUGGGUAAGGAUAGAUCUUUGUAUUUAGAGACCCUGUAGGGGAGGGGUUAUAGGAACAGGGUAUCUUAAGUUUCUUUUUCUUGGUUGUUUAUAAGUUUUAGUUCUGAGUCCCAGAACCAAAAUGGAGUUACUAAUGUAUAGGGACCUAACAGUCUGUGGGCACCAUUUUGAUUUCUCCUGCUUCACAGUUUGUACAAGAGCACAGCAGCCUGGAUACCAGCAGCAGACCUGCAGGUCCCUGCCUGUCAAAAAUUUUACUUGACUUACCCAGCUCCCAGCAGGGAAUUCUCAACUGCACUAUGACAUGGCUUCCACUGCUUCUCCUCUUCUCCUUUCUUGGCUCUUCACAGAGCUAUGCCUGUCUGGAAGACCCAGAAGAGUCAUCUUCCCUCCACAUUCUCUACACUACCAUAGCUCCAUUGGUCAAAUACAAUACUGAGACGAAGGCCCUUGCAUAUGUGAACAAUCAGCUCUUUCUGAAAUUCGACAGUAGGAACCAGAGCAUUCAACACUGGGGUCUGUGGGAGACGCUGGAAAGUUCCAUGGAGUGGAGAGAGUUGGUACAGAAUGUGAAACUCUUUGGGAGGGAAUCCUUGGUGUUGCUGUGGGACAUGAAGCAGCGCAGCCAGCAGCCUGGGCCUCAUAUUUUGCAGAUGGCUCUGGGCUGUGACCUCAAGGAGAAUGGCAACUUCAAGAGCUUCUGGAAAUACAGCUACGAGGGACAGGACUACCUCACAUUCCAGCCAGCAACACUCUGCUGGAAGGCUGAUGCUCCUGAGGCCCAAAGCAUGGCACAGAGUUUGAGGAAGGAUAGAGACUUGGCUCGGCAUCAUGGUGCCUUUAUCAAUGGUGACUGUCAGCACUAUCUUCAGAAGUACCCAGGACCUGGGAAGAAAGCUUUGGUGCCAUCAGAGUCUCCUUCAGUGUCUGUGACCAGCCGUCAGAGCUCUUCCUGGGAAACAGUGCUGCAGUGCCAAGACCUGUGCUUCUUCCCUUGUGCUAACGUGCUGAGCUUGUGGAGGGGCCAGGAAGCCCUGCCCUUGGUCCACAGUGGGUGUCGGCUGAAUGGAAAUGGAACCUGUCAGUGCUGGGUGAAUGUGACUGUCCCUAGAGGAGAAGAAGCCAUGUACUCCUGCCAUGCUGAGCAUGGAGGCCUGAAGGAGCCCCUCAUCAUCAAGUGGGACUUCUCAUCUGACUCUACACGCCCACAACCCUCUGCUUGGGUGUUCAUUUUGGCAGGUGUUUGGACCAUACUUGGCAUUGCAGGUCUCUGGGAAAAGCUAAUCUAAUCAGGUAAAGAAAGAUGGGGUUUAUUGUCUACUACCGAGUCAGCGGCUGCAGUCCUUGGUUCCAAUCUCCCAUUGUGGAGUAAGCACUCAGCCCUGGCCACUUACUUGUUCAGGAAUAGGGUAUUGAAGGUCUUUAAUUCUCCAGGAACAACAUCUACAAAAAGGAAGGAAAGAAAAAGAGAGGAGAGAAGAAGAGGGGGAAAGUAUUUUACAUACUCCUCCUGUUCCUAUCUCUCACUUUUCAUCCACUCUUGCAGGAAACCUUCUUAAUGAGCCAAAUGGGUAUUUUUGGUUAAAAGUGUUAUUCUCAAAGUAUAUUCUACACAUGCAUUUUUCAUUCACUAACUUAAUGUUCUGUGGACUCUUCUAAGUGACUGGGUGGAUAUUGACUCUACUGCUUACCACUCCAUGCAGUGCAAUUGAUCCAUUUUACCUCUCCAUUCUCCAUGAAGGAUGCCAAUCUUCCCACUUCUUGUCAUAGCAGGUGGGGAGAGGGUAGCAAAUGCAGAGGGUAUGCCUCCUUUGUUAUUAUUUGUCCUGUUAGGAUUUAGAUAUGAAGUGUCCCCCCAAAAACUCAUUUGCUGGAAACAUGACCCAUAACAUAGCAAUGGUCAGAGAUGAAAAGAUUGGAAUAAGAGAGCUGUAACUGCAUGAGUGGAUUAAUCCAUUUGAUCACUUGAAUCUUUGAAUGGACUAUUAGGUGGUAACUGUAGGCAGGUUGGUCAUGGUAGGAGGAGGUAGGUCACUCAGGGCAUGUGAUUGGGGAUUGAUUAUAUCUUGAGGAGCAGGGCCCUCCUCGUGCUCCCUCUCUGCUUCCCUGCCCCCAUGAGCUGACAGCUUUCCUCCACCACACCCUUCUACCAUGACCUUCUGCCUCACCUCAUGCCCAGAACAAUAGGC